AUGCAGAUUCCAAAUCACUAUAAUUACAUGAAAGCAUCAGCAGUGGACACAGCUGCAGUGCAGACAGAGUGGUUCCAGAAGACGGUCACACUGCCAGCUAUGAGCAGAGGUUGUCAUGUGAUCACCUGGCAUAUCAUGCAGCAGGUCCCCGAGCUCAGCAGCUUUGAGGUUGGCAUGGCAAACUUCUUCAUCCAACACACCAGUGCAUCAUUGACUAUCAACGAGAACGCCAGCCCUGAUGUUCCUCUGGACCUCAAUGAUGCGCUGGACAAGAUCGUGCCGGAGGGACAUCAUUACAGACAUCUGGAUGAAGGGUUGGAUGACAUGCCAGCGCAUGUGAAGUCUUCGCUCAUGGGCCCCAGUCUGAGCAUCCCAGUACAGCAAGGUCGACUUGGUCUUGGGACUUGGCAAGGGUUAUAUCUAAAUGAGCACAGGAACUAUGGGGGCUCUCGGUCAAUAGUUGUCACCAUUCAGGGCCAGAAACGCCCAGAUGGCCGCAAGUAUGGCUCGCACUGGUGA